AAAAGGCACGAGUUUUUGCAAAUCUCUUUGAUGUGAACAAGAACAAAAUCACAUUUUCAAAUAGCUGGCUUCGUCAGUUUAAAGAAUGGCAUAAUUUAAAACAAAUUCAGAUGCAUGGUAAGAGUGGCUUCGUGAAUGAACAAGCAAUCAGAGAAACUAUUACCGAUCUCAAACAGUUAACAAACAAUGAAGAGGUAAUAACUGAAGCAGAAAGUAAUGAUAUUUAUGAAGAGGAGAAUGAAAAUGUAAUUAAUGAACAGUUCACAAAUGAGGAAAUUGUUGACCUUGUUUACAGUUCAAGAGAAACUGAAGAAAAUGAUAUAGAAAAUGAGGAUGAAAACUCAGAACUUUUGCCAGUAUCAAUUAAAGAAGCAACAGAAUCACUUGACAUAUUAGUAUAUUUCUUUUUGAGUCAGGAAGGUAAUUAUUUAAAAGAAAUUAAUAGUUUAAUGAAAAUUCAACAUGUAUUGAGAAUAUUGAAGGUGAAAUCGCUUGUACAGACAAGUUUGAAAGAUUAUUUAGUUAAAAAUACGGUAUAA